AUGCUGAACUUCAAAGGGUAUCAGAUUGAGAUUGAAUUGAAGGAUGGGAAGCGGAUCACGGGUACUUUGAAGCAAGUGAGUCCCAAGUCAUUGACUUUGACGGAUGCUGUGUUCCAGGACGGUGGGGUUUCUCCUAUUUUUAAGAUCAAGUCUGACAAAUUGCAAGAUUUAAAGGUGUUGAAGUUACCACCAAACGUUAUUGGAAAGCACCAGGACCGUGGAGAGAAGGGCAAGGACCGUGGCGAGAAGGAGAGGGAGAAGGAGAAGGAGAAGAGUAACGAGAUUUGGGACACUGAAAUGUCCUCGGACUUUGAUUUCCAAGGAAACUUGCAGAGAUUCAAUAAGAAGGACGCGUUCAAAGAUUUCCAAAACAUCGAGAUUCCAAAGGAUGAGACCAAGAUUCCACAUAACGAGAUGGUCACUGCUGGCAAUAAGUUCUCGACUUCUAGUUACGGGUCUAAUUCUAAUUCUAAUUCCAAUUCCAAUUCCAAUUCCAAUUCUGGAUUUGGUUCUGGUUCUGGUUCUGCCUCAGUCUCAGGCUCAGGCUCUGCCUCAGGUUCAGAAUCUGAACCCCAUCAUAGCGAAUCAGAAAGAAUCACUGAGUCAAUCAACAUCACCCACCUGCUAAGAAACGACUCCAUUGCAGCCAGUCUGGCCUCCCAACGUCGUACGUUCACCUGCGGCGGCAAGAACAAGAUAAAGGUGCCUCUAGCGACCCCAAUCCAACUGCUCGAAAUGGAAAAAUUGGCAGACGAGAAAUUCAUGUUCCCAUUGAAAACAUCUUUGGAACACUCAGCUAUCCACAUUUCGAGAUUGUUGAGAAACAUGUUGAAGCCCCUGCAAGAUGUUGCCACGCCUACCGUCGUGGCCUUUGUUUCUGGCGGGAGAAGUGGCUCUCGUUGUGUCUCGGCACUAAGAUGCCUACUCUCAAUUAAGGACGUCAAGUGCAUCAUCGUUAACCCAUUCAUCAACGAGCGCGAAAGCUUCGAUGACGAUAUCUCCUCAGAACAGCUCAACAAGAUCAAGAGAUUCGAGAAUGUUCAUUUCCCAGACUCUUUGGCCAAGCUCAAGGAAACUGUCGGCGACGAAACACCAGCAAUCAUCAUUGAUGCCCUCCAGGGCUUCGACGAUACUGUUUCUGACCUGGACUUCUCCCCAGACUCAAACGACAACAUCGCCCAAUACAUCAAUUGGAUCAACAGCCAUGAGUCCACUCCUGGCUGCCUCGAAAUCAUUUCCCUCGACUGCCCAGCUCACAUUGACCCCUCCUCCGGUGACGUCAUAGAAUCAGACUUCGUCCACCCAUCCACAAUCCUCUCCACCGGAUGGCCGCUACACUGCCUCCCAAAGCUCACCCAGUUCCUCCCAGACUGGAAAAAGACCUACGUCUACGACACCGGCAUUCCACAACAAACCUACUUGCUGAAACCAAACUUGCGCAAGUUCCACAAACUCGACAUAUAUCCAAGCUUCUCGGGCACCCAAGAAUUGAAAUAG